AUGAAUGAAUGUGAACGUGUUUAUAAUUGUCUUGGUAUUAUGGUUAAUGGUCAAUUAGCCUGUUUAGCUACAAUUCAAUAUUUAAAAUCAAAAUUUGGUCAAGGUUAUACAAUUGAAAUAAAAGUUCGUUCAACAUCAGAUGAUAUAAAUGCAACAACAAUAAAAAAAUGUUGNUUGAAAAACUUUUUGGGGGGUAAGGGUGUCAGGACCUGA